GGUCGGAUGCGCGUCUAGAGAGCGCGUCGUACCAGUCGGGAAUCCCGGAAUAGCGUAGCGUUAUUGUGUGCACCCUCGCUCCGUCUCGCGUCUCGUGUCUCUCCUUGGCUGGUCGUGAACAGGUGUACAACCGUGUGCUCUCUCUAGUGCUGCCAAGGGAAGGGUGAAGCGGUAGGAGAGGCAGGAAGAGAGGAGGGGAGAGAGGAAGAAGAGUGAAUGUGUUACAGGUGCAGCGCCUAGUAUGGAAAUAGCGAGCGUGAUGGAUAAUAUGAUGAAAACCAGCAUGGGACUACACGACGACCGAUCCUCGCGCAACAGCAACAGCAGCAGUUCCGGAUCACCGACAGUGGUGCACGAGAAGAAGAAGAUGCUGGAUAUCACACGAGACAGACCGAUCAAGAUUGCGGUACGGGUGCAAGUUCCUGUGAGAGACCAUCCAAAGUUCAACUUUGUCGGCAAACUUCUCGGUCCGAAAGGCAACUCACUGAAGCGGCUGCAGGAGGAAACGAUGUGCAAAAUGGCGGUCCUGGGCAAAGGGUCGAUGCGCGACCGAAAGAAGGAGGAGGAACUACGACUGAGUGGUGACCCACGGUACGCCCAUCUAUCGGAGGAUCUGCACGUGGAAAUCUCGACGUACACGGCACCGGCGGAAGCGCACGCCCGCAUCGCAUACGCGCUGGCGGAAGUGCGCCGAUUUCUGGUUCCGGACUAUCACGACGACAUACGGCAAGAGCAAAUGUGGGAAAUGCAGGCCCUUAACUCCCAAAAUGCAAGCAGCAACCUGACAACCGCACACGAAACCAACGGUCUCAAUGGUAACGGCUGCGGCAACGGACUCGGCACCAACGGUAUCAGCAUCAGCAGCAGCGGAAGCAGUUGUAGCACGGCAAGCAACGGUAGCACCACCAAUGGGUCCCUCGGUCCGAACUCGGCGGCUGGAGCGCCCGGAGUCGGUGUGCUCACCAAUGGCAACGGUGUCCUCGGUGGAGGGGGUGCCGUGGUGCAGAAUGGGGCCGGUGGUGCCCUCGGUGGAGCCGGAAGUAACGCCUCGGUCACGGUAGGUGUCGGAUCGGGGGACCUCAACGGUAACGGCACGCAACCCCAGCAGUCCCAGUCGGUCACAGCUCAGGCCACUGCUGCCACCAUAUCAGACCUACAGCAGCACGUGACCAACUCGUUAACGCAGCACCAUCAUCAUCACCAUCAGCAGCAGCAGCAGCAGCAGCAUCAACAACAACAACAACAACAACAGCAGCAACAGCAUCAACAACAACAACAACAGCAGCAACACCAACAUCAAACGCAGAACCAGUUUCUGUCAGGUGAUACGGACAUGAGCAGUCUCCUGCAGCCGAUGGAUGUGAACAUGACGUCGGCGAAUCAUUUCGUAAACUCCCUACCUACGAGUGACCUGGAAGCGCAAACGCUAGCGUUCGUUGAGUCGGCCAAUGCAUUCCUGCACCCAGCGUUAAGAGGCGUGAAGGCCGUUAGCUUAGCUCGCAAGCGGCCAUUGCUCGGUGGACCACGGUCUACCAUGAACCCCACGAAGCGCACCGUGAUGACGCUGAUUGCACGCGCCCGCACCGCCCAGGCCCUGCACGGUUCCCGGACGGCUCAACCGAUCGGAGAUUUAUAUCAUCCUGCUUGAGAGUAAGGGAGAGAGAGAGAGAGACAGAGAGACAGAGAGUGCAGCACCAGGGUGCAGAGUUCUUCGCGAAUAGCAAUUCCCGCAAUAUGUCCGGUCGCAACCGCGAAGGCAACCGGCAAGAGAUACCUACCAACACCCCCUUCAACCCUCACCACCAUUAUCAUCCCUCGCGCACCCCAUUUGCUUUUUCCAUUAAGCAUUGUCAACAUCCAGGUCUAGGAAACACCAUGUACCACAACGACGACAACACUGAGGUUUCACAAUACGACAAAAUUACCACAAAACCAGCGGCAACAGAGAGAAAGAGCGAGUGGGAGAGAGAAAGAGAUUAUUGUUGGUUGGAGUAACACUGGAACAAAGCCAACAAAGUGCGCGAAUUUCGAAGAAGCGAAUAAAACAAGCCGGUGGGCGACAGAGAGCAGGGCAAACAAAGCAAAAGCAAAAUGAAAUAAAAAUACAAAUAAGUCCUGGCAGAACCAAUUGGUGGUUUUGUGUGGUGAAAAAUGCUCCACAACCACCCACGCCACCAACGCGCGGUUCCGUUUUGAUCAUUAUUUUUUACGAACGGUCCACCAUCACCAUCUGCCAUCGUCUCCACUUCAUCUGCAGUAAGGUGAAAGGUUCUCUACCACCCUGGCCCCCGUGGCUUGCGCAUGUGAAAACGAAGAAAACAAAACAUAAAACACCAUUACCAGCAUAACAUUGAUCAGAUCAGCGAAUUUGAGAGAAACGAGCGCAAAUGAAUAGCCAAAAAAAACGGGAAUAAAUAUUAGAUAACUUUAAGCAUGCAACCUUCCCCCGAUCAUGCUGAUGAUAAAGAUGAUGAUGAUGAAGUUGACUGUGAACGGUGGG